AGAUCGAUCACCGGCAGUCAGUGCAAUCCCCCUCCUGCACUGAACUUCCGAGGAGAGAGAAACAAAUCUCAAAACGCUGAAAUUGAAAGAGAAAGGACAAGAAGAAGAGCUGCGAUGAAACGCCAUCACCACCACCACUGUUCUGUGAUUCUCAUAUCACUUCUUGUUGUUGUAUCGAAUCUAUUAACUGUUGAAGCUGAAGUCAUAACCCUAACCGCUGAUACAUUCAACGACAAGGUGAAGGAGAAAGACACUGCGUGGUUUGUGCAAUUUUGUGUUCCUUGGUGUAAGCACUGUAAAAAGUUGGGAUCAUUAUGGGAAGACUUGGGGAAGGCAAUGGAAGGGGAGGAUGAGAUAGAGAUUGGACAAGUUGAUUGCGGUACAGAUAAACCAGUUUGCAACAAAGUUGAUAUUCAUUCAUAUCCUACAUUCAAGCUCUUUUAUAAUGGAGAAGAAGUUGCAAAGUACCAAGGACCGAGAGAUGUGGAGUCACUUAAAAUAUUUGUUCUGGAAGAAGCAGAAAAGGCAGCAACUGAAGCGCAGCUCGAGAGUGAGAAAGAGUUGUGAUUGUCUAUCAGCAGUAUGUGGCUUAACAUUGAUCCAUGUCCAAUCUUGGAGACGCAUCAGCCCUUAACCCGAAAGCAGGAUAGCAAUUAAAAAGUUUUGGCAGAAAUUUCUGUAAUGUUCAUUAUUUUUUGUUGUAUGAUUGGAUUGGACAAGCAGAUGUGAACUAAACUUGUAGGUGAGCUCAUUUAUUUGUUAGCAAAUCUCUUUCUAGAUUAAAUCUUGUCAA